AUGAUGAGACGUUUAUCGCGAGCUUUGGGCCGAAGCUCGCCUGAGCAAAAGGUUGAGAAGGUUGCUACCCAAGCCAAUGGCGCCUCCGAACAUCAUGGUGUAACCAACGGUGUGGCAGCUAAGGCGGAAGAACCCGAGCCCUGGCUCGUUGAGGAACGCUCUAUCGAUGCAUCCCGACCCAUGCGGGUAGUGGUUAUUGGUUCUGGAAUCUCAGGCAUAAUUUCUUCAAUUCGUCUUCGUCAAAGGAUUGACAAGCUGGAUCUCCAAGUAUACGAGAAAAAUGCGGAUAUUGGAGGUACCUGGCUUGAGAACAGAUACCCGGGCUGUGCUUGUGACAUCCCUGCCCACACAUAUCAAGCCACAUUUGAACCGAACAAGGAGUGGUCAACGUUCUAUGCUGCGGCGCCAGAAAUUCACAAGUACUGGAAAGGUGUGUCGGAGAAAUAUGGCUGCGAAAAACACAUCAAGUUUAAGCACCAAGUUGUUUCGGCAACAUGGGAUGGUGUGCGAAGCAAGUGGACAUUGAAGGUGAAAAACAUCGACAACGACGAAAUUGUUGAGGACCAAUGCGAUGUCGUAGUGUCCGCUAGCGGUGCACUGAACGAAUGGAAAUGGCCCACCAUUCCCGGCCUUCAUGACUUCAAAGGGAAGUUGAUGCACAGUGCCAACUGGGAUGAGAGCUACGACUACAGUGGUAAAAGGGUUGCCGUCAUUGGGAACGGAUCCAGUGGAAUCCAGAUCGUCCCUGGGAUGCUGCCAAAGGUGACACACCUGGACCACUAUAUCAGAGGCCGCACCUGGCUCUCCCCUACCUUUGCGCGUGAGCAAGUCGACAAGCGCAAUUCGGAGCUCGAAAAUUUCUCCUUUACUCCUGAGGAGAUUGAGACUUUUAAGAAAGAUCAUUCAGCAUACCAGAAGUUUCGAAAGGAAAUUGAGACUGAACUGCAGUCUGUUCAUGGCUGUACCCUGGUUGGAUCGCCAGAACAACUGGGUGCGACGGCUUUCUUUACGGAGAAUAUGAAGCGUCGGCUGCGAAACAAGCCAGAACUCGUCGAGGAGCUGCUUCCAUCAUUUGCACCGGCCUGUCGUCGAUUGACUCCUGGGCCUGGAUACCUUGAGGCUCUCACCGACGAUAAGGUCGACAUCAUAUCAUCUCCCAUUCUCAAGAUUGUUGAAGAUGGUGUGGUUACAGAGGACGGAAAACAUCAUCCAACGGAUGUCCUCGUUUGCGCCACCGGCUUCAAUACCACUUUUACGCCAAGAUUCCCCAUUAUUGGCAAAGAUGGGCUGUCUUUGGCAAAGCGAUGGGAGGAGACGCCAGAGAACUAUCUUUCCCUCGCGGUAGAUGGGUUUCCCAAUUACUUUAUCUGCUUGGGCCCCAACGCAGCGCUGGGUGAAGGAAACCUGCUUCUCCUGAUCGAAAACGGGAUCGAUUAUAUCACACGUUGUGUUGAAAAGAUGCAACGAGACAACAUCCGAACUAUAGAUGUGCAAAAGAAGGCUGUGGCGCAGUUCAGACGGCACUGCGACCAGUACUUCUCACGGACAGUGUUUGGUAUGGAAUGUCGCAGCUGGUACAAGGGGGGAGAAUCAAACGGGAGAGUUGUGGCAUUGUGGCCCGGCUCCUCUCUUCACGCGAUGAAAGUCCUUAGCUCUCCUCGGUGGGAAGACUACACUUACGAGUACGUCAACGACAAUCCCAACGGUUGGAUUGGCGACGGCUGGGUAGAGGACGAGAGGAACAAGAUCAUCAAGGUUGAUUAUCUGGAUGAUGACAGGAUUGACUUUCCCACAACAGUAAUUGAUAGGGAGAGCCUUGUCAAAGGGAAUAAGGGAUGA